AUGGGCACUCACAUCUCAGUCUAUGGUCGUGCAAAGCCAAUCGAGAACAUCGAAAACUUCACAGUGGUCAAAGUGGAAACCAGCACCAUAUCCAAGGUUGGGAAUUCGGCAAAUCUGAUGGUCGAUCCAAACGAGAGCAGGUCCGCGUUCUCUGCAUGGCUGAUCAAGGCCCCUGCAAAGUCGGCAAAUCGAGACGACUUGAUGUAG